UCAACAAACAAUAAAAAAACAAAUGAAAUCUCGUGAAGAAGCACAAAAACAAUGUAUUUGGUAUAUCUAUUCCACUUUAAAAGGAAUUGAUUUAGUUCGUGCACGACAAAAUCCACGACAAUUUUUACCAUCAUACUUAUGUAAUGAUCAAGAUUUACAAGGAAUCAAAAUUGAAAUUAUUCGUUUAUCAGACUAUCCAUGGGAUACAAGUUAA